AUGGCUAAUAAACAAGCCAGUCCGCUUUUAAAUACGCAAAGCCAAACGACGGCCGUCAUCAAGCUGGUUAAUAAAAAUAUUAAACCAUGUUUGUCAGAACUGAAGAAAAAGAUUGUUGAUACUGAUGCAAGAAAAAAGUUGAAAGAAAUUUGUUUAAAUGAACUUGAUAAAGUUUAUGAACAAAAAAAACUUAUAGAAAGCUUGAAAGAGGAAGAUGAACCAAAGCAAAUCACAAAAUUUAAUGUUAAAGUUGCACAAGAGUUGACCAAAAUAAACAAUUUAGAGGAAUGUGAAGAUGAUUUAAUUUUAAAAAUUACCAGAGAUGAUGAAAAUAUAGAAACACCAGAAGGUGGUGACAGAAGGAGUUCAACAAAAUUGACUUCCAAAUCUGGAAAAGAUACAGAUAACACUGGUGCAGAAGAUGAACAGCCCUCUGCAUCAUCAUCAUCCGAUCAAGGACUUUCUGGAAAACUGAUGUCCAACACGUUGAAAUCUAACGCUGAUAGUGAAGCGUCUAAAACUGAUGCUGACAAAGCUAAAGAUGGGGAUGAUGGAAAUAAAUAUGAAGAUGAUAACGACGACGAUGAUGAUGAAGAUGAGGAGGAGGAUGAAGAAAAUGAAGUUAAGGGGAGUAAUCUUGAAAACCGGCCGCCUCUUGUGGCUUCACGAUCUGAAACCAGCAGUGGAAAGGUGGGUGAAAGUAAAAUAACUGAAAAAGCAGGCCGGGAUGCCAUGUUAAACCAAGUGAAACAAUCUGGAGUAACUGAUGACCAUGAUGAACGUCAAGAUGAUGUAAGUAAGGAUGACGACGACGACGAUGCUGACGAGGAAGAAACGGGCAUGGACCAAAAAGAGCUCACUACGGAGAAUGUUGAUGAGGUAAAGAAGAGAAUUAACGGUUGUAUGUUAUCCGCUCCUAGGCUCGCCCUCUCUCCUGCCCCUAAAUACAGGAAAAGACGAUUCAACCUUGAUUUUAAGAGCUUCCAGCCAUGGGGAAGGAAAGUUGACCAGUUAGAGGAGACAUUGAAAUAUUAUAAUAAUAUUAAAGCGACCUCGUGCCUGUACGUGGCUUUGGAAACGUUUGAAGGACAGGAAGAAGGAGAUUUACCCUUUCAAAAAGGCGACGUUCUGAAAAUAAAAACUAAAAGAAGUGAUGGGUGGAUGUUGGCAGUUGACGAGAAAGGCCGUGAAGGACUCGUUCCAGCAAACUUUCUCAAGUCUUCUGCAGAAACUGGUCAACGCAAAAUCGAUGAUGACAGAGGAAAUGAAGAAGAAAUUGAUGAGGAUGAGGAUGAUGACGACGAUGAUGAUAAAGUUGGUGAGAUAAAAAGCGAUGAGGAAGUAAAUGACGAUGAAGCUUAUAAUGACGUUGAAAAUAAAGGGGAUGGUCCAAAAUUUAAACAGAUUAAUAAAAGCGGAAAUUCACUGGCGAGUCAGUUGAAACAUUCUCUGGCUCACAUGUCGAAAAGUGAGCAAAGGGAGUUAAUUGACCGACUUAGCAAUGUUCCUUCGGGUUAUCGGUUGUCCACAUUAGCCAAGUUUAAAUCUGAAGAGGGCUCGGGGUUUGGAGGAAAUCUUGGUAGAUUGUUGGAGCUUGGCGAAUUUUUGUGUUGCGUGUAUGCAAGUGGUGUUGGAUUGAAUUCUAGUAAAAUGAAAUUGCGAUAA